GCCUAGCUACCAAACCUGCCGGCCUACGGCAUGGCCACCAGCACCAGAGCCAUCCCGAUGCCGACGAGGAGCUCAGGCAGGAUGACCAAAGCUGCCGUGUUUUGCCGGAGGACCAGUCGCUGCACGGUGAAGGCCGUGGCUACGUCGUCGUCGCCAAGGGCUCAUAGUUUCUGCUCGGAGGGAAGCAUGACAGACUACUACAAGGUGCUGUCGCUGGAGCACUCGGCGGCCGUGGGCGCGGAGGAGAUCAAGCGCGCGUACCGGCGGCUGGCGCUCCGGUACCACCCCGACGUGUGCCCGCCGUCGCGUCGCGGCGAGUCCACGGAGCUCUUCCUCGAGCUGCGGCGCGCCUACGAGACGCUCUCCGACCCGGCGCAGAGGCUCCGGUACGACGCCGAGCUGAGAGCGGGCGGCGAGGACCCGGCCGCCGGUGUUGCGUUCGCGAGGGACGUGUGGGAGGCGCAGCUGUGUGCGCUGCGCGCGCGCUCCGAGCAGCGGCAGAGCGCGAGGAGCGGUGGCGUCCGGCGACAGCCAUUCUGACUAUAUAUGCGCUCGCAGCGGCGAGCGCAUGAAGCACAGGGUUGUUCUCUGGUUAUUCAUUCUUUCAGCAGGACUCCAGAAAGCCGACUGAUGACAAUUGGUUUUAUUACGUUUGAGAAGUGUAAAGUGAUAGGUUAGCAAUUCAUUUCUUUGUUGGGAAGUUUGUCUUGUUUAAUGUAAUAAAAGGCAGUGUGUACAAAUUUUGUAUCAAAUCAAACAAUGUAAACACCCAUGACCCAUGUACAAACUGCCGAUUUAAUUUAUCAAAAUG